AUGACUUCUCCCAGCGCUGAACAAUACCCCGAGGGUCCUCUCUCAGUCCUUGUGUCAACCAGAGUCGUCGUCACUCUUCCUGACGAGUCUCUUGUUGUCACUCCCGCUUCAGUUGUUGUUAGCCCCGUCACUGGAAAGAUUGUCUCCAUCAUCCCCGAAGUCCUUCCCUCAUCCAGUUUCCCUGCUGGCACAACCUAUGUCGACCAUGGCUCCAAGGUCCUCAUGCCCGGUCUCGUCGAUGCUCAUGUUCACUUGAACGAGCCUGGCCGAACCGAGUGGGAGGGCUUCUGGACUGGUACCCGUGCGGCUGCCAGUGGUGGUGUUACCACUGUCGUUGACAUGCCUCUUAACGCCAUUCCUCCUACCACUACUCUCCACGGCUUCGAGGAGAAGCUUCGCGCCAGUCAAGGACAAUGCUGGGUCGAUGUUGGUUUCUACGGUGGUGUCAUUCCUGGCAAUGCCGAUGAGCUGCUUCCUCUCGUCGAGGCUGGUGUUCGAGGUUUCAAGGGUUUCUUGAUCGAGUCUGGUGUUGAUGAGUUCCCCGCCGUCUCUUCCAAGGAUAUUGCCCUCGCCAUGGAAACCCUCAAGGACAGCAAGACCACCCUUAUGUUUCACGCCGAGAUGAUCCCUCCCAUCACCCAGUCCGUCGGCGACACAGUCCAGGCCUCCGAAGCACCCCUUGCCCCUACUGGUGAGCUUAACGCUUACAAGACCUUCCUCGAGUCCCGACCUCCUGCUUUCGAAACAUACGCCGUCGAGGAGAUUCUCAGCCAAGCGCACAUUGCUCCUCACCUCCACCUCCACAUCGUCCAUCUUUCCGCUACCCAGUGCAUUCCCCUUCUCAAGGCCGCUCGUCAGUCUGGUAUCAACAUCACAGCCGAGACUUGCUUCCACUACCUCGGCCUGACCGCUGAGGAGAUCGAGAAGGGUGACACUCGACACAAGUGCUGCCCACCUAUCCGAGAGGGCAAGAACCGCGAUGGCCUCUGGGAAGAACUCAUCGCCGAGGACUCGUGCAUCAAGACUGUCGUGUCUGAUCACUCGCCUUGCACACCUCAGCUCAAGCUCCUUCCUCAGCACCUCGACACAGCCCGACCCGAAAUUCCUCACAACGACUCCGGUAUCGUCAUGACAGUCCCCGAGACUCAGAACCAUGCCGAGGAGAAGGCCCGCGGUGACUUCUUCGCCGCUUGGGGUGGUAUCUCUUCUGUCGGCCUCGGUCUCCCCAUUCUCUAUUCCGCAGCUAAGAAGCGCGCCGACUUCUCCAAGACGCCCAGCAUCACCGAUAUCGUCCGUCUCUGCUCUCAAGCUACUGCUGUGCAAGUCGGUCUCUCCCACCGCAAGGGUGCUAUCCGAGUCGGUAUGGAUGCUGAUAUCUGCGUGUUCGACGAUACCGAGGAGUGGACAUUCACUCAAGGCGACAUGCGAUGGAAGAACCGAUGCUCACCAUGGGAGGGCCACGAGUUUACCGGUCGCGUGAAGGAGACAUGGCUGCGUGGUAACAAGGUGUUUGAGCUGGGUGCCCCCAACUCUGGCUUCGUUGUCAGCAAGCCUCUUGGCGAGUCCAUCACCGAGAAGCGAACAGUCUAA